GCCGAGAAUCCCAGGUCCUGCUCGGAGGCGAGGUGAGGUGCCUGAAGGAGGGCUGAGGGGACCCUGCGUGAGGACCGACGGAACCCCACAGAUCCCCGCCCCUGUAGUCGGCCCUGGGAGAGCUUUGGGAGCUCCAGGAACCAGGAGAGGAAGGCAGAGGACUGAGGCUCCAGUCCUGAGGUCAGAGGGCAGAGGUGGUCCAGGCAGUCCCAGGAGUCAAGGUAGCCAGCGGACUGGCAGCCCUGGAGGCUUGCCCCUGUGAGGUCUGAGAGCACCCCUCAAAAGGAGACCUGCAUCGUGCUCGUGGUCGAGAUGAGUGAGCUGAGCAAGCCCGAGGAAGACUUUCAGGACCCUGGCGAGGCCCAGUGCCCAGUGAAUGUGCAGCUCUUGGGGGCUGAGGCAGGGGUGGCUGCAUCCGCCUCAGCCUCCUCCCUCACAGUGUCCUCCGUAGCCACUGGGGAGUCCUUGCCCCAGGAGGCUCUGAAGGAGAUGAAAGCUAACCUAAUAAAGUUCCUGCUCUUCAAGUAUCUAGCCAAGGAGCUGACCUCCCAAGCAGAAAUACUGAAGAAGGUCCUCAGGGAUAACCAGGAGCACUUCCCGGUGGUCUUCAGCCAAGCCUCACAGUGCCUGGAGCUGGUCUGUGGUGUGGAGGUGAAGGAGGUGGACCCCAGGGAGCACAUCUACAUCAUGGUCCCCAACCUGGGCCUCACCUGUGAUGUGAUGCUGAGCGGUGGGCAGAGCAUGCCCAAGGCCGGCCUCCUGGUGCUGAUCCUCAGCCUGAUCAUGAGGAAUGGAGACCGCGCCCCUGAGGAGAAGGUCUGGGGAGCACUCAGCAGAUUGGGUGUGUGUGUUGGGAGUGUGCACUGUGUCUUUGGGGAGCCCAGGACACUUCUGACACACGUGUGGGCGCAGCAGGGAUACCUGGAGUACCGGCAGGUGCCUUACAGCUACCCUGCUCGCUAUGAAUUCCUGUGGGGUCCCCGGGCCUAUGCAGAGACCAGCAAACGGGAAGUCAUGGCAUUUCUGCUCAGGGUCAAAGAAAGGGCUUCGAGGGCCUUCCCACCCCUGCCUGUAGAGGCUGCAAGGGAGGAGGAUGAGGCUGCCUGAGCCAGAGCAGGAUCCAGGUGAUCCUUCCCUCUGGGAUUGAAGACGGAGCGGUCAGCCUUCUCAGUAGUGAGGCCCUGGGGCACUUUGGGGAACCAGUGUAUAGCAUCUUUGGGUUCCUGUUCUCUAUGAUGACUUGGAGAUUCACCUGUUUUCCUUAGAAAAAUUUCAAACUUUGCUUGUUUUCAUAGAAGACUAAAUAAACUUCAGUGUCUUAGCUUCA